UUCAACCAAGUCGAAAGUGAAACAAACUUAUGCAUUUCACGCGAAGCCUGUCCACAGACGCUAUCGAGUGGCCUAUUAAUACAUAAUGAAAUUAAGAUCAGCGUUAUGGUUGUUUUUAAAUGCAAUAAUGAUAGCUAAGGUAAAACCCAUUAACUUUCCAAAAAGCUACACUUGCCAGUUAUCAAGCUCGCUUACCGGCUUACCAUUUUAUACUCCACGUGAAUGCUGCGGACCAAGAUGGAUCUCUUACAACAAGACAAGUAAGCUAUGAUGUUGACUUUAUUCACGCAGGUCUGGAGAUGGCUUUAAGCAGCAAACUAUUUGGCCAGCAUUUGGCAUCUCCCAUAAUCCUGAAAACGGUGACUAGACACAUGGAAAACCCAAACUCCGAGACACCUCUGGUCCUCUCUCUGCACGGCUUAACAGGCACUGGGAAGAGUUUUGUGAGCCGCUUGAUCGCUGAGAGCAUCUACCACAAUGGAAUGCGGAGUAAAUUUGUACACCUGUUCAUAACCACAGAACAUUUUCCCCACAAGGCACAUCUGGAAACUUACAAAGAUCAGCUAAAGCAGUGGGUGAAGGGGAACGUUUCAGAGUGUCCAAGCUCCAUGUUCAUUUUUGAUGAGAUGGACAAAAUGCAAACAGACCUGAUCGACAGCAUCAAGCCAUACCUGGACUACCACGGGACUAUUGAUGGGGUUUCAUAUGGUCAAGCCAUCUUCAUUUUCCUCAGCAAUUCAGGGGGGAUGGAGAUUGCCAAAAAGGCCCUGGACUUCUGGAAGACAGGUCGGAAAAGAGAGGAGAUUAACCUGAUGGAUUUGGAGAAAGAUCUUACUCUCUCAGUCUUCAACAACGAAAAGAAUGGUCUGUGGCGGUCUAGUUUGAUUAGUGAGAAACUGGUGGACUUCUAUGUGCCUUUCCUGCCUUUGGAGCACAAGCACCUGGUUCAGUGUGGUCUUGCUGAGAUGGCCGCCAGAGGCAUGAAGCCAGACCAGGAUGUGGCGGAGAAAAUGGCCAAAGAAUAUUCCUUCUUCCCAGACGAAGAGCGCAUCUUUUCUAAUCAGGGCUGCAAGAUGGUCUCCAAGCGAUUGGAUUUUUACUUGUAACACUUCUGGGAGGUGUUCAUUCUAUCCCCUUGGUCACAUCAACUACAGAAGACAGAGGCAAAGUGACCAGCUGCCAUUCAUUUUUAAACAUCAGAGUCAGCGUUUUACAAGGUUAUGCACUGUGUACUGUGCUUCUGUGGUCUCACUCCAUGAAAAUGUAAGAAAAGCCUCAGAACACAUCGGCAGUGUUUUGGUUACAAUAUUGGUAUUGCAAAAGGUGGUAUUUAGCAUAUUAGUAGGCUUUGUUCCACAACAACUGGGCAAUUGAUGGUGUUUGUAUGGUUUUUGCAUACCCUCUAGCUAGGUAAGUAGUGCUGUAUUUUUAGAUGAAAAGUUCAUAAAGGUCAUUUAAAAAUAAUCAAAACAAUGUUGCUGAAGAAAGCUGUAUUUUGUCAAAAAUAGCUUAUGAUGAUAUAUCCAGACAAACUGGGCAUCAUCAUCAAAUUCAAUACCUCCAUUUCUGGACAUCAGUAACUCCUUAUGUGAUUCUAGUUUUUACAAACCAUACAGAGCCAUGUUACUUUUUAAUGUGGGUUAGAACAGGCUCCUCAGGCCUUCUCUCUGUGUAUCCUACUUUUAACUUCAUGAUGUUGAAUAUGUUACAGUUGGUGCUAUUGGACAAUUCAUCAAAUGUCUCCCACCACAGUUACAGAUACCUCACUUAGUUUAAUGAUGGCAUACAAUAAUGAUUAGAUAACUCUUGUUUUUUCCCAUGCUAAGUUCCAUUUGCAAAUUGUAUAUUUUCCUAACACUAUUUCUCAAUGAAGAGAAAAAAACACAUUCUUGAUAUUUAUGACUGCAGUAAGUUUACUUUUGAGAAAUAGGGUCAACAUAUCCUGAAAAUGAAUUUGUUCACCUUUGGUGUUUCAAUAUGUAACUUUUAUUUUUAUUUCAUUAUUUUAUUUUAUUUUUUUAUUGAAGUGCAAUAUUGUAUGGAUGAUAGGAUUACUGAUUACUGUAGUGUUACAUUUGCUAAAAAUGAAAAAAUGCAUAGUAAUAAAUGCUUAACAUGUGAAUUUACUAAA